AUGGCUCAUCCUAUCAAAUUCAUGAAGGAGUUGCUGGUCGGCAGCUAUGUGUACCAUGUCGCGAAACCAGUCAAUCUUCAUGCUCUGGCCAAAACUGAUUGGGGAGGUAAGACUAUUAGUACGAAAAGUAGAUUUGAACUUCUUGUACACAAAUAUAGUGUUAAAAGCCUCUGAUUAAAAGGGCCAGAAGCCUACAAAGCCAGCCCACUUGAUUUACUACCUAAAAAACGACGUUGUAAUAGUAUUUUAGCCGUCACCGGCUGUACUCAUGGAAUUGGAAGAGCGUACGCCGAGGAGAUGGCCAAGAAAGGCUUCAACGUGUUGCUGAUUGGCCGUACUCCAUCAAAGUUGGAGAAGACACAAACCGAACUGUCCCAAAAGUACCCUCACCUCAAGUUUGAUGUAGCUGAGAUCGACCUCACAACUUCAAAACAAGAAGAUUACGAGAAGAAGAUGAAAGGAAAACUGGAGGAGGUUGGGUUCUUGGGUAUGGUUUGUUUAUCAACUCAAUCAUACUACUAUUUUUAUAAAGUUCAGUACCAUUCUAAUUUAAUAGCUCUAAGUCAAUUACCUUCUAGUACUCAUUUAUACGUAUUUUCUUGUAGUAAAUAAUGCUGGCUAUGCAACCGACUUCCCAGACAAAUUGUUGGACCAAGCAUGCGGGUUAAAAGACGCCUGGGAUACAAUCAACGUCAACAUCAAAGGCAUGGUAGCCAUGACCUACUUGAGCCUGCAGAGUAUGCUACCUAGAAAUGGAGGUAUUAUUGUCAAUGUCACAUCAGGUGUGGGCGGAUUUGCGUUCCCUUACAUCACUAUGUACUCAAUGUCAAAGGUAUUAGUUUGUUUUUGGGUUAUUUGUAGUCAUUACUUUUUAAGAAGUGAUACUUUGCUAAUAGUUUAGUGUAAUUUGCAUAUUUUAUAAUUCAGUUCCAAAAGAACAUUGUUUUAUACUUCCAGAGAGCCGGACAUCACUUCACAAGUGCGUUGAUGAGAGAAUACCCCCAGAUCUACAUCCAAAACCUCGCUCCAGGCUGGGUAAUGACUGAUUUGGCCAAGAUCCGAGAGAAGAGCUGGCAUUCCGUCACGACGGAUGAGUUCGCCGCUUCAGCCAUCAAUACGGUCGGGUUAGCCAGAGAAACCCGAGGAAACUGGAGAAAUCAGCUCUACUUUGACUUUUUGUUGUAUGUCCUGCCAGAAGAGGUGGCACAGAAGUUCUUUGCCGAAGGAAUGAAGGCCAAGAAGCAAGAGAGUAUUCUCUACAAACAAGACGUUCGAGAUGGGAAGAAGAACAAAUUAGCAAAAUGA